AUGGCGAUUGCUUGCGCACAGGCCAAGCCCGGCGGCCCCGCUGCCUACUCGAUAAAUGCACCAAGCGUGGAUCACGGCUCCGUUGGCAACACACAGGAGCAUACGGUUAAGGGACACUAUGGCCAAUCAUCGCAAUCAGACUAUGCCAGCCAAGUGCAAACCGCCCACUCUCAGUCCCAUGUGCAGCGCUCCAGCAUCAGCAACGAUGGUGGUUUGGCGCCCUUGGCAUCCAGCGGACAUGGAUUGGCCUAUGGCGGUGCUCACUUUGCGACCGCCGCUGCUCCAGCACUGGCCUAUGGUGGCCAUUAUGCCACUGCUGCUGCCCCAUCCUAUAGCUAUGGCGGCCACUAUGCUGCCAGCGCGCCCGCUAUCCACCUUGCGGGCGGCUCGCAUCUGGGCUUGGGCUAUGGCCUUGGUUAUAGUGCUCAUGUUGCUGCACCGACAUUGUCGCAUGGUUAUCUGGCUGCCGCACAUGCUCCAGUUGUGAAGUACGCUGCCGCCGCCGCUCCAGCUUAUGCACCUGGCAUUAUUGGACACGGCAUUGGACUGGCUGCACCGGCCGCCUACGCAGCACCCGCCUACGCCGCACACUCUUAUGCAGCACCCGCCUAUACCACGCAUUUGGCUGCCGCUCCCGUUCUUAAGGCCGCCGUUGCUGCGCCCGCACUGGUGCACACAUCCGUCUCUGGCCAUGGCAUUCACUAUGGCUACUAGAGCAGUAUGCUCGGGAUGACCCACAGCAUUCAGCAUUACAUCGUAACACCCGUCACAAACCAUCAACGACCCUAGCAUGGAGCUAGCGGCUGAAAAUAUUUCUCACGUGGAGCAUUUAUUGUAAAUAAUGCGUCUUCUUUUGCCC